AUGGAGUUGUUCAAAGCUGGAAAUGAACAUGUAUUGGUGGUGGACACUAGUCUCUCCACUGGCCCUGCCAUAAUGCCAACUAGUGAAGCCGAAAUUACAAAAGGCAGAUUGAUAGUCCUGUGCCUUGAACACAAACAAAACUCACAUAGUGGAUCAAUGACAUUUUAUUCAAAAAGAAGUUCACCUUUUUGUGACUAUAGAGGAGGUGAGAAACUUUCAAGCAGUAGUCUUUGCAGUAGCCCUGAUGAUAUUGAUAAUAAUAGUUGUGAUGGAAAUGGAAUCAAAUUAGAAGAAACCGAAGCAUGGAAUUUAAGAUUAGCUUAUGCAACAAAUAUGCGUGGUAUUGUUCUUGCUUUAUGUCCUUAUCUUGAUUGUUAUUUCUUAGCCUCUGCUGGUAGCUCUAUAUUGUGUUACUUGGCUUCACUAUUUCCAGAAAACAUAAACUUGUUUUGGCAAGACGAGGUACCAAGUUAUGUAGUCAAUAAUCCAAAGAAAACUGGAAGGAGCAUGCAAGAGGAAGUGGAUACAUCUAGCUAUGAUGUUGUUAAAGAAAAUGCAUUUGAAGAGGACAAAGGAGAAACAAACACAUAUUAUCUGGCUAGAGGAGAUCCACAUUUGACCACCGAUGGCAACUUGAUUCUAAUUUUCAAAGUGACCAGAGGCGUCUCAAAUGAGUAA